GUUUAUCUACAUAAUCAUAGAUUAUACACUUAUGUACCGUAAUGAAGUUUUGAAGAAAUUGAGAAAAAUGUGGGUUGUGUUUUGUGAAUAAAGAAUAGAUACCGUAGGAAAAAUCAAAUGACGAAAAACAAAUUUUGAACAAUAGUUAAUUGUGCUGUUUGUAUGUAUAAAACAUAAGGUGGCUAAGUGAGGACUAAAUCUGAUGCCAUGAUCCGGGAAGACGAUCCUCAAUUUCGGAUUACUCCACUUCAACAAAUGGCAUCGGCAUGUUCCGGCGCUCUUAUAACCUCUUUGUUCAUGACACCAUUAGAUGUUGUAAAAAUAAGACUACAGGCGCAACAGAAGGCUUUACUAUCAAAUAAGUGCUAUCUUUAUUGCAAUGGCUUAAUGGAGCAUUUAUGUCCUUGUGGUGAAACUGCUUGGGUACCGAAAAGAGUCCAUUUCCAUGGGACUUUUGAUGCUUUCUACAAAAUAGCUAAAUUAGAAGGAGUACCAGCGUUAUGGUCUGGCUUAAGUCCCACUUUGGUAUUAGCAGUUCCAUGCACUAUGAUCUACUUUGUAUCAUAUGAACAAUUAAGAUAUAGAAUGAAGACAAUGCACAAUAAAAUGACUGGAGAGUUUGGUCAACCUAUGUGGAUUCCAUUAAUAGCAGGAGCAACAGCAAGGAUCACUGCGGUCACAUUAGUCAGUCCUUUAGAACUAAUUAGAACAAAAAUGCAAUCAAAACACUUGACAUAUUCAGAAAUUACGUCGGCAUUACGGCAAGUCAUAAAAUAUGAAGGCUAUGGAGGACUUUUCCGAGGCUUAGGAUCAACACUGUUAAGGGAUGUCCCAUUCUCAGGAAUAUACUGGACUACUUUCGAAUCGACGAAGAGAGCGUUCAAUAAACCGGAUUCAGAAAAAAAUUCGUUCCUUUUUAAUUUUUUCUGUGGUUCGGUAGCUGGCAGUAUCGCGGCCUUUGUAACCCUUCCUUUUGACGUAGUAAAAACACAUCAACAAAUAGAAUUAGGGGAGAAAGAGAUAUAUACAGAUGGUAAAAUCCAACAGAGAGCUUCGAAUAUGACAGACAUUGUCAGAAACAUAUACAAGAAUCACGGUCUGAAAGGUUUGUUUACCGGUCUCAUGCCUCGAAUAUUUAAAGUGGCGCCCGCUUGUGCAAUCAUGAUCUCAACGUUCGAAUACGGCAAGCAGUUCUUCCAGAAAUACAAUUCGCAAAAAUAUAAGGAGAAAUUGCAAAGGCACCAAGAUAUUGUUAUAAUGAGUCAAUCAACAACCAGCAGUGGAUACUCAUGAAAACAAAGUUUUGACUUAAGUUUUGAUUUUACAAACAGAAGUAAAGUUUUACAAUUGUUGUGAUAUUGAACUAGAUCUAGUUCAUCAAUACAAUGUUACCACGUUGUUAUUUUUAAAUUAGCUAAACAUACAAUCGCAAAGGGAUGCUUUGUGCGAUUGUCAUCAGCAUAGCUGACAUCAGUUAUAAUAUAGACAUGUAUUAUUAUUAUUAUUCUUUUUCAUUAAUGUACAAAUCUUAUUGAUCACGGUAAACUAAAAGUUGGUAAGGCGUGUUGUGAGCUCGCACUGGCACUGGCAGACUAUGGGUUCCUACUGGAAACACCAAGAAGGCCGUGUACUAGUAUACACAUUUACAUUAACAAAAAAAAAAUAGACCGUGUGUUCAACGAGUGAAGGGUUCCGUAAUUAAGAUAAACGUUGACAGUCAAUAUUCAAAGGCAAUAAUACAUUUCGGGGAAAUUAUAAAUAAUUAUCUGACGUAUCUGUGUACAUUCAUACUUAUUUUAUCUUUCAAUUAAAAUGGAGUGUCAUCGUUAAUCGAUUUGUCGAAGAAACCCUAAAAUAGUAACAACAACACUAGCAAUUCCUUUUUAAUUCUAAUUCCAGUUACUUUUUUUAAUUCAGUCUUUGUGACCUAAUAAAGGAUAAUGUACUCAAAAGGGUAAUGUUUUGAAAUCCAACCCAUAGGCAGGUACCACUUUUCCUUGUGAAAUACUUAGUGGAUACAUUAUGUUCACAAAUUACUUCCACAAUGUACUUUUUUUUUUUAUUGCCCUUGUAGGCAGACGAGCAUACGGCCCACCUGAUGGUGAGUGGUUACCGUCGCCCAUGGACUUCAGCAGUGCUAGGGGCAGAGCCAAGCCGCUGCCUACCGCUUGUACUCGCAAAAAUUCUAAUUUGCAAAUGCGAAGGACAAUUGUCAUAGAACUCAAAACAAGGCAAGGCAUUCACGUUGUGUUUUCUAGGUAGGUUCUCUAGGGUAUAACUAAAUAAAUACGAUUUGUAUUUUAAUAUUAUGUAAAUUCUUCUACUGUUCUUAAUUAAAUGUAAAUUAAUAUUAUUUUGACAUACACCGUAAUAUGAAGUUCAGAACAUCAAAUCAAAACUUGACAUUUUGAAUCCUAACAACUCACACUGAAUUUAGAACAAAAAAAGCUCUAUCUUCGUACCGAGUGAUUUGCGAGAAAUCUUUACUGAGACGACAGUGUUGACAGUGAACAAAAAAUUUUGUUUUUUUGUUUAUUUUAAAUUGUUGUCUGCAAGUAAAACAUCAACAAAACUGCCAUUGUCUUAUGUAUAUAAUAUUGUUAAUUUGUAAAUACAUGGAAAUUUAAAUGAU